AUGGGGCGAUCGCCGUGUUGCGAUGAGAAUGGGCUAAAGAAAGGGCCAUGGACACUGGAAGAGGAUGAGAAAUUGAUCGAUCACAUUCAAAAACACGGCCAUGGAAGCUGGAGAGCUCUUCCUAAGCAAGCCGGUUUAAACCGAUGCGGAAAGAGCUGCAGACUGAGAUGGACUAACUACUUGAGACCUGACAUCAAGAGAGGAAAUUUCACUCAAGAGGAAGAAGAAACCAUCAUCAACCUCCAUUCCCUUCUUGGAAACAAGUGGUCGUCGAUAGCCGGUAAUCUUCCAGGAAGAACGGACAAUGAAAUCAAAAACUAUUGGAACACUCAUUUGAGAAAGAAACUUCUCCAAAUGGGGAUUGAUCCGGUGACCCAUAGGCCGAGAACCGACCAUCUAAACGUUUUAGCUGCUCUCCCGCAGCUUAUCGCCGCCGCAAAUUUCAACAGCCUCUUGAAUCUCAAUCAAAAUGUUCAGCUGGAUGCAACAACUCUUGCCAAAGCUCAAUUGUUACACGAUAUGAUCCAAGUUCUUAGCACCAACAACAACAACAAUCCUUCUUCUUCAUCAACCAUGCAAACUAAUAACAAUUUCUUUGGCCAAUCUUCUUACUUAGAGAACCAAAAUCCUUUUGGCCAAUUUCAAAACUUCUCUCACACCCUUGAGAACAAUCAUGGUGAGCAUUUGAUGGCUAAAAACCAAACAAUUGAUCAGGCUCUGGAAUCUUUUUCUUCACCGAUACAAAUCGAUGUUCAUGAUGAUCAUAAUUCCCUCCCUUUAUUGGUUCCGGCUUCUCCUGAUGAGGAAUCUAAACAAAGGCAGAUGAUGAUCAAGGAAAAAGACGUCGCCAAUUAUCAUCAUCAUGAUACUCCAAACCCUUCAUCAUCAAACUCGACGUUUACACAAGAUCAUCAUCAGCCAUGGAGUGACAUUAUUGACGAUGAAGCAAGUGAUUCUUAUUGGAAAGAGAUCAUAGAGUAA